AGUUCUGUAUUAAUUUUCUUUAAUUUAUAUUUAAUCGCUUUUGUUAUAUAAUUUAACAUAUUAUGCACUUUUAAACAGCAUUAUGCUAAUUAUACUUUAUUUGACAGUCUGCCUUGAAUGAUUUGUACGAUAGGUUUGUACGCGUGUAGUUCUGAAGAUGUCUCUGUAUGAUGAUAUUGAUGAAGGAGGAAGUGGAACAAAGCGUGUUGUUCCUGGUUGGUCGUCUGGUUACAAACUGCUUCAGUCUCACGUUCAAGCGAAGAAAGCCUCCCUGUUGCAGACCAAGAAGCCUCGGUCUGGUGCGACAACUUUGGCUCCAGUGAUUGACUUGAAGAGGAGUGAAGGUGUUGAGAUGCACUUUAAUACACUCACGGGGAAGCUGGAGGGUGUGUCCCCAACCACUGUCACUGGCUCCCCGUUUGUGCCAUCCCCCGUUAUACCGUCCAUCACGGGCGUUGUCGACGAAUACGAUCCAUUUCGCCCAAAUGAGUAUGACGACCUGGUGAAGAAGAAGAAGGAGCAGAAACAGAGAGACCGAGAGGAAGACAGAAAACGGGAUGAGGAGUUACGGAACGCUCGGAGGAAGGAUCGAGACCGCGAUAGGAUGAUGAGAGAUGAUGAUACGGAGAAGGAAUUUGACAGAGCAAGGCGACACCGAGAUGAAACGGAAGAAGAAGAAUACAUAGACAGACCGAGAGCAGGGGGUGGAGCUGCUAUUGCACCACCCAAGUCGCUCAUUGAAGAUGACAUUCCACCACCUGAAGAAUCAGAAGGAGGCUCAGAGAGACCAAGUUCACCACCAUCAUUUGGUUACAGUAUUGGUGUGGGUGGGUCAGUUGCUUCACGAAUCAUGGCCAAGUAUGGUUACAAGGAAGGUCAAGGUCUUGGCAAGAAGGAGCAGGGUAUGAGCACUGCCCUCUAUGUGGAGAAAACAAGCAAGAGAGGAGGGAAGAUAAUCCAUGAAAAGGACAUGGCAAAAGAGAUUCCAAAAGAGCCAGUGACAAACACAAAUUUAAUCAAAAAUCCUUCCAAAGUUAUUCUUUUACGGAACAUGGUAGGUCCUGGUGAAGUUGAUGAUGAGCUGGAGCCCGAGACAGCAGAAGAGUGCAGUAAAUACGGAACUGUCAUCAAGGUUCUGAUAUUUGAGAUACCAGCACAAACUGAUGAUGAAGCUGUGAGGAUAUUCAUAGAGUUUGAAAGAGUGGAAUCGGCAAUUAAAGCAAUUGUAGAUUUGAAUGGACGAUUUUUUGGUGGGCGUAUUGUGAAAGGAACAUUCUAUAACUUGGACAAGUUUCGCAGAUUAGAUCUUGGCGAUAGUGUAGACUGAUUUACACAUUUGAAUAUGCUGCUAAUUCUCGUGGAUCAACUGUGCAUGGAUUAAACAUGAACUGUAUGCUGGGAAACUGACAGUCUAUCUUGGUGGAAUAGAAGAUGAUAUUUACACAGAAGGUGAAGGGAGCAAGUAUUCCUUGCUUUAAACUGGUGAUGUGUUUUUGACCAACUACUACUUCAACUACAAAUCGGUUUCACUUUCAUCACCAAAUUUUACUGUGAAUGAUGGAUUCAUCCAUGUUUUAUUUGAAAGGAAUCACGUGUACUUCAUUGUAAUUUCAAUGUACUUGACACUGCUCGUAAUCUUACAGACAUCAAAAUGAGCCAUGUGUCUGGUAACCCAUGUACAGGUUAUCACAAAAUACAGAUCGGGUGACCUACAGGUUAACACACAUUAGUAUUUCCAUUAUUACUAUAAAAUACCUUGACAGACACACUAGUAUUUUGUUAUUCAUUCAUACCACUGUGCUAAUUGUACUGAUACUGUAGUAGUGAAGUUUUAAUUUAAUAAGAUUUUGUGAAGAACAAAUUAUUGUUCUCGACCUUUUUGAUAUGUGGUAACCUCCUGGGAACCUAAACGACCGUUGUCGACUUAUUUCGAUCCCUGAUCUUGGCUGUCCCAUGUUUCAGGGUCAUACCAAGUGAAGUAAACAAAAAACCUAAAAUGAGAUCACUGUAACACAGGGUCUUCUCCACAUCAACUAAAAAGUCUCGAGUCACAGUGGGUACCUCACUUAGUACUGCCCUAUGUUCUUUAGUGUGGACUUUGUCGUCUUAGCAACAUGUUUUUUGUUUUUGGUAACUGGCACCGGUAAGUAUUGAAUAUAACAUUUACAUGUUGACUGGGACUUGAGUGGACUGCCUGAAUGUUAUAAACAAAGACUAUUGUCCUGUGCAAAUGAUAGCUAUAUGAGCAGGUGGUUGAUUACUUCAUAACAAAAAAUAAUAAUUAUGUUCAGUACCUCACAUUCAAUUGUUAGUUGAAAAUCAUUUGUAGUAGAGACUGCUCUGUUGGUUUCUUGUUGGUUUAUAAGACAUUAUGAACAUCUUUACAUCUAGAAAACAUUACAAAUGUGUAGAAGCGCACACUGUCAGGUUGUUUAUUGUGAUAACAGAAGACCAGGCCUGGAAAUAAUGCCCUUCAAAAUUACCUAUGUCAGUCAGUUUGAACCGGUCAUAAAUAAAAUCUGCCCAUCACCAAA